AUGAACGGCGUCGCCUCGGGCAGGAGCCCCUACGACUAUGGCGCCUCCAAUCUCUCGCCCGCGGGCAGCCCUGCCGUGGGCGGAAAGGCCGCCGUUGACGAAUUUGCCAGAAACAUGCUCGUGGGAGAGGAUCGAGAGGCGCAGCAAUAUGCUCCGAUCAAUCGCACGCCCAGCCCGGCCAUGGUUGACCUCAAGGACCCUAUUCAGAUUCACCUCCUCACCGAAACUGCCUUGGCCGACAGCAAAACAUACGAAAUCCUGCCUCAAGAAGAGGUUGACAAUCUCAAGAAGCAGUCCCAGCUCAUGAUCCAGCGCAUCGAAUCCACGAGAGCCAACCUCGCCAUUCAGGCCAAGUACCGAGAUGCCGCGCUGUCCAUGGCCAAGCUGUCUCCCGAUGGCCAUCAAGAUCCCCAAGCCGAAAGUGACAGGGCGCAGGCCGAACGCAAAUGCGAAGAACUCGCUCUCGAACUCUUCAAUCUCGAAAAGAGCCUCAUGAUUCCUCAACGACGCAUUCUCGAGCACACAGCCGGUGUUCUUCAGCUCACCCACAAAGUCUCAAAGAAGAAGAAUGCUCAGCAGACGCAACCGGUCAAUGGCAUUCCUGGAAGCCCCGAGAGCCUAUAUACCUACACCCAUAGCCGCAACAGCCUCGACGCUGCUACUGACGAAAACUAUUUUGAGGACGGCAUGUAUCCGCUCGACUCCACUGGUCGCAAAAACGCCAUCGAAAUACCUAUGAAAUCGCCAAACAGAGAGCGCGGCGAGAUGGACCGCGUCAAGGAGGAAAAUCUCAUUCUCAUCAAGUCUGUCAGCGACUUUGAAGAGAAGCUCCGCUCGCUCAACGGCUCGCUGCGCGACACCAUUGUACGAUUUAACCCCGAGGUCAACAGGGAUUACAUCGAGCCGCCUCGCAACACAUCGAAUGCCAAACCUUUAGAGAUGCUGAGACAUCAACUCGAUUACCUCGAGACUGGUCUCGUUGCUGUGCAAGCCGAGCAGGAGUCUUCUCAGAGUGGUGCAGGUGAUAGUGGUGAGAGUGACGGGGCUGUCCGCCGGCUGUGGAGUGUCAUUCAGAACGAUUUCGCCGGUACCAGACAGCGAAGAGAAGAGCGCCGCAGGGCGCGCGUUGACAAGGGACUGUCCGAGAAUGACGAGGACGAGGGCUCGGAUGACGAGUUUGACCACUCUGAGGAUUACGACAUCGAUUCGUUCACAAAGAGGGUACACUAUCUGUCAUCGCAAACCGCUACUCUGAAGGACCAGCGCACAGUUCUGAAACGCCAGAUCAAACAGCAGCGAGAACUCAACAAUAAAUCCGACGCCGAAAAAGACGAAGAGCUGGCCCGUCGACAAGAAGAGAUUGAAAGCGGACGCGAAGCCGUCGCCCGUGCUGAAAGAGACGCCAUGGUCGCGCAGAACAUGCUGUCGGAAGCCCUACAAGACCUCGAACAGGCUCGCGCGCACGCUGCCAUGGCUGGAACCGCCCAAUCAGACCUCCAGGACCGCGAAGAGACUAUAGAGCUGCUCGAGAAGAAGAUUAAGAAGGUCGAGGCCGAAGGCAAGCGAUCCGGCGAGAUGUCUGCAGACCUAGAAAAGGCCCUUGCCGACAAGAAGGCUGCGGAGGAUGCAGCCAACGCCCUCAAGGCCGACAUGAAGGACAAGGACAGGACGCUGAAGAAUAAGGAGAACGAUUUGGAUGAGCUCAACAUGACGAUUGCCGAACUCAAGACUGAAGUCACCAUCGCCCGCGCCGAGUUGGACGGAGCUUAUGGAACUCGCGCCGAGCGCGCGGCCGAUGUGGCGGCUCUUAAGAACAGUGCCGAAGUACAGAAGCUCAGCAAUCAGAUUGAGAAGCUCAAGAAGGAACUUGCAGGCACUGCUGAGGAUCUCGAAAACAUCACCAAGGAAACUCUUGGUGCCGAGCGCGAAAAGGUAGAACUGGAGGGCAAGCUGGAUGAGGCCUUGCAAGCCAAGCAAAAGGGCGAGGCUGAGGUGGAAAAGGCGCGCGAGCAGAUUGCCACGCUCCAAGAGGAGCUGGACGGUCACCGCCUCAAGGUUGCGGCGGGUGGCAGGGGCGGCGGAGCCGGUGCCUCGAUGCUGAGCGAGCAGUUCCGUGCCACGAUGAGGGAGGAGAGGAAGAAGUUCCAGGAGGACUUGAGGGAGGAGCGAGGCCGGGCGCGCAAGCUGGAAGAAGAACUCGCGCGCUUGAAACGGAGUCAAGGACCAGGCAAGAGUCCGUUGAGUCCGCGGUAA